UCAUCCCUCCAUAUUCCUCCCUCCCACCAACUCAAUUGCGCCCACAAGCACCGCAACAAUGCUCUCCAUCACCUGCAGGGCGAUGCGCUCCGGCGCGUUGCGAACGAUCCCCCGAGCAGCCUCAAUCGCGCCCAGCCGAUGCCCGAAUCCCAGCUCGAGCCAGACUUCCUCCAGCCAAUUCCACAACCUCAACGCCCGAGGCUUCGCAACAACACAGAGCCGUGGCCAGAUCGCGACAACCAACCCGAAUCCCCCUCUCGGCAAGAAGAACUUCUCCAACGAUGUUCCCGCUCGCAUUGCCCUGAUCGGUGCUCGAGGAUAUACCGGCCAGGCUCUGAUCGAGCUCCUCGACAACCAUCCCUACAUGGAUCUUCGCCAUGUAUCCUCGCGAGAGCUUGCCGGACAAGAGCUCAAGGGAUAUACCAAGCGCAAUGUCAUUUACGAAAAUCUCAGCGCCGAGCAGUGUGCGGAGCUUGACGUUGAUGCGUAUGUCCUCGCAUUGCCUAACGGAGUCUGCAAGCCAUACGUCGAUGCCAUCGAUCAGGCAGAGAAGGGCAAAGACAAGAAGAGCGUCAUUGUUGAUCUCUCUGCCGACUACCGAUUCGACGACUCAUGGACGUACGGCCUUGUCGAGCUCACUAAGCGCUCCAAGAUUGCCCAGUCUACCCGCAUCUCCAACCCGGGCUGUUAUGCAACCGCGGCUCAACUUGCCAUUGCUCCCCUGGUACCUUUCAUUGCGUCUAGCCCCACAAUCAUGGGAAUCAGUGGCUAUUCAGGCGCCGGCACAAAGAAGAGCCUGAAGAACGAUGUCUCUUACUUGACUGGAGGCGUGCUCCCCUAUUCCCUCACGGAUCACGUCCACGAGCGUGAAAUCAGCCAUCACACUACAAACGUGGCGUUCAUUCCUCACGUUUCAAGCUGGUUCCGCGGAAUUCACCUUACCAUCAACAUUCCCCUUAAUAAGGAGAUGAACGCUCGAGAUAUCCGAAACAUCUACCAGGACAGAUACGCUGGCGAGAAGCUCGUUGAAGUCGUGGGAGAAACCCCCUAUGUGAAAACCAUUGCCGAUAAGCACAAUGUUGAAAUCGGUGGAUUUGCUGUUGAUAAGACCGGCAAGAGAGUCGUCGUUUGCGCUACGAUCGAUAAUCUCAACAAGGGAGCCAGUACUCAGUGCCUUCAAAACAUGAAUCUGGCGCUUGGGUUCGCAGAAUAUGAGGGCAUUCCCAUUACUAAAGGCUCUAGCUAGAUUAGACGAGUGUUUCAACCGGGAGUCAGCCAAGGUUUUCUUGAACACCUUCGAACUUAAAUAAACUAGGGAUCAAAGGUCUAUUAUGUCAAUAUAUAUUCGCGGCCCAUGGCAUGCCAACAUCUUUGCGUUAUCAUACUUGCCUCAGUUUCAUGCUUCUGCCGACACACCAACAUUAUGGAGAGGGAGAAGAUUAUAAGUCCUUAAACUAGGUGCGUGUCAUCCUAAGCAGAGGAGUAAAGAAGAGGGGGGGAACACAUAUAUCACACUCUCACCAUGAGUCUGCCUGGCCUAACAGUUGGCCGUAUCUAUUACCUCCAAUGGCAGAAUCUCCUAUCAAAAUAAAUAACUGGUUUGUGCAU